CCACCCGAGUUUCAGGUCUUUUCAGGCUGAGCAGUCAUGUCUGGUAGAGGCAAAGGUGGAAAAGGGCUAGGCAAAGGUGGUGCCAAGCGCCAUCGUAAGGUGUUGCGGGACAACAUCCAGGGUAUCACCAAGCCAGCUAUUCGGCGUCUUGCUAGGCGAGGAGGUGUCAAGCGCAUCUCCGGACUCAUUUACGAGGAGACUCGGGGUGUGCUGAAGGUGUUCCUGGAGAACGUCAUUCGAGACGCAGUCACCUACACUGAGCACGCCAAACGCAAGACCGUCACUGCCAUGGAUGUGGUGUAUGCUCUUAAGCGCCAGGGACGCACUCUGUACGGCUUCGGAGGCUAAACACCUGUUUCGGCUUUGCUCAUUACAGUACCAAAGGUCCUUUUUAGGGCCACCCAUAGAGUCAUCGAAGACGCUGGGCACUUAACAGCAAAGAAACUGGAAGGUAGUUUAGCCUUUUAACAGCUGGGAUAUGUGGUGAGUAUGGAAAGCUAGUGACCGCCAAGGGCCAAGUCGUUUACCAAAAAUGCCCUUUCACUUUUCUUUUAAGCUUUUUACGGUUUACUGCUUUGAAAAGUUGAGUUCCAUGUAAGUAUUCUAGCUUGCUUGUACAGAAUUAAGCUCACCUGGAGGAGCGUGCUAGCAUGAUCUUAGUUGCUGGAACUGAGACCGAAAAAUUGAUUUGAAACAAGGCAAGACACGCUUCGCUAAGUUUUUGCUGCAUUUCUUAAGACAAAGUGGGAAAGCAGGCCCAUUUGCAGUCUAACCGCCAGUUAUCCUUGGCGUAUCUGGGUUUUAGUCAAUUAUCUUUGAGGCUUCCAUUUUAUACCUCUACACUGCUGAAGGGUGGACCAGAUUCAAGCAAGGGCUUGUUCACACGAGAUGUCCUGUUAACACUUUUGUGUACUCGUGCUCUCCCCUAACAAAGGUAUGAGUUAGCAAGAUCAAAUUUGAUCAACCAUUCAAAACUAAGCAAAGGAAACUUAGGCUAUUGGUCAGACUGAGUUCCUCAGCAAGUGUUCUGGGCAACUUAACUGUCUAGUAAAGGAUUCAUUUCCUGUGUUUAAUAAGAAGGCUCCUCAGAAUUCAGUCAAAAACAUGUCAGUUGUGCCAUUGCAAGGCUACAGAUACAGGGACGUUUUAAUGUGAUCUUAUAAAAGUGAGCAAACUUCAUAUGUAAUCUUAGAGCAAGUCUUGAAGGAACAGGUAGUUUGGGUAUGUGACUCUUAACCUGUAGGGCUUAUGGUAGCUAAGAAAGAUGUGCAGGAAGAUAACCCACCAUCAGUACAGAAAACAAUUUAAUUUUUUUUUUUUUGCAGUUUUUGGCUGGGGCUGGGUUUUAGCCCACCACCCCUGGUAUAGGGGGCCGAGACCCUACUUCUUUGAGCCACAGUUGCUGCCCAGAAAACAAUUUAAUUUUGACAAAACAAAAGCAAAUUAUUGCCAAGUAUAGAUACACGACCACUGCCCUGCUCUGAAUAGAACUGUGGGUCAAUACCUCUAAUACUUAAUCUGAAUUAUAGUUUUCCAGCUAUUAAUUUGCAUAUGGGAUUUUUUUCCUUUUUUUUUUUUUUUUUUUGUUGUUUUGGCCUUUUAGGCUUAUGAAUUUUUUUUACUUAGUAAAAGUUUUCUAAGUACCUAAUAAGAUUUUAUCUUUGUUCCCACAAAAUACAGACUAGUGAUUGUUUUAUUGGUCUUUACAUAUGGCUGUUUUCAUCAGCAUCAAACACUUGAGUGUGAAUUAGGUUUAAAACAUGGUGCUUGGCAUAGGAGAUGCCAGCAAAGCAAGGGAUGCAAGACUUGCCCUCCAGGAGUUUCCCCCUCAAUAAAGGGGAAGGCAAAUGCAUAAUACAUAAAAUUCAUAAAUGCGUACUAGAAUAAGUGACCCAAUAGUACAAGGCAGCACAUAUUCAAUAUAAGGAGAAAUGUAGACAAUAACUACGAUAGUUCUAAUGCUAGAGAAAUCACUGGCUGCUGGGAAAUUGGGGAAAGGUUAACCAUAGAGGUGGGGCUUUGAAUGAAGAACAGAAUGCCUGAUGUCCUACUGAUAUCUGCAAUAAAAGGUGUUAGUGGGGAUAAGGAUUUGGCAAAAUUAACAAUGGUGAAAGUAUGCAGGCGAGAAAUAAGAGACUAAUUCAUUUUCCCUUUUAAGUCUCGCCUGCAAUUUAUAGCAUUUCUAUUUCAAAUAUCACUGAUUUUUUUAAACUUUAAAGGCAAAACCAAUGUAGAUGAAUAUCUGUGAGGGUCAGAUAUACUCUGAAGAAGAAGAUAUUAAAAGUUUGAAAAGAAAUCAAAGAAUAAAGAAAGGGAUUGAGGUGGAAAACAUGUUCAUUGUCUAAAUUAGUGGUUCUUAAAGUACAGCCUCUAGUCUAGCAGCAUAAAACACCUAGGGCAAAAUCUUGGGCCCUGCCCCAGACCUAUUGAAUGCAAAACCGGGGAGGUGAAACCUAGCAAUUCAAACUUUAAUAAGACUUCCAGAUAAUUCUGAUACACAUUAAAGUUUGAGAACCACUGAUGGAGGAAACAGUUUUUCUUUUUUUUUUGGAGACAGAGUCUCACUCUGUGGCCCUCAGUAGAGUACGUGGCAUCACAGCUCACAGCAACCUCCAGCUCUUGGGCUUAGGCGAUUCUCUUGCCUCAGCCUCCCGAGUAGCUGGGACUACAGGCACCUGCCACAAGAGCCGGGCUAUUUUUUUAUUGCAAUUUGGCCGGGCCGGGUUCCAACCGACACCCUCAGUAUAUGGAGCCGGUGCCCUACUCACUGAGCCACAGGUGCCGCCCGGAAACAGUUUUUCUUUAAAUGAAAAAGUACUUAGAAUCUGAAUAUAUGCUGCCCUAAUUUGUUAACCAUAAUAUUUGCUUUCUUUCAUGGAAAAGAAAGAAGAUGGAUGAUCCUAAUAAAUUUUACGUAGCAGGAAAAAGGCUUGGGGCCCAUAGCACAGUGGUUUCGGUGCCGCCACAUACCGAGGCUGAUGGGUUCAAACCCGCCCCCAGGCCAGAUAAGCCACCUUGACAACAGCAACAAAAAGAGCCAAGCAUCAUGGUGGGCGCCUGUAGUCCCAACUACUUGGGAGGCUGAGGCAAGAGAAUCGCUUAAGCCCAAGAGUUGGAAGUUGCAGUGAGCUAUGACACCAUGGCACUCUACCAAGGGGGACAUAGUGAGACUCUAUCUCAAAAAAAAAAAAUAAAAAGGCAGGAAAGUUUCCUGAAAGCACUUGGGGCAGACACAAAAGAUGUAUGAAUGAAAAACAUAGUCAUCUUGUUUUACUAAAUAGUAUUGGAUUUUUUUGUUUUUGUUUUUGUUUUUGUUUUUGUUUUUGUUUUUGCAGUUUUUGGCUGGGGCUGGUGCUGGGUUUGAACCCUCCACCUACAGCAUAUGGUGCCCGUGCCCCACCCCUUUGAGCCACAGGCGCCACCCUGGUUUGUACAUUUAAUAGUAUCGAAUUUAGUAAUCAGUGGAUGUGUUUUUUUCUUAGAAAUUUUUCCAACAUCUGGUCUUUUUACCAUUAUACAUUGUUUUAUACAUCUUUAAAGUGAUUCUAGUAGUGACCCUUGCUCCCACUUGUCAAUUCCUCUAAAUACUGUUAUGAUUUGGCAUGGCUGAAGACUCUGUUAGCUGUGUGCAGCCCCUGAAUAUUGCCAGAUUACAGGAUCUGCGGAUAUGUAUCCUUUUGUAUUAAUAAAUUUUUUCCUUAACCAUCUGUAAUAGUGAAGAAUAUAGUACUAUUUUUAACCAUCUGUUUCAGUGAGGAAUAUAAUUUAGCUCUUUAGUUUGCUAACACAAUAAUUUUCUUCUCAUUUCUAACCCUGACUGACUCUAGUAUUCUCUGUGAGCCAGGCCCUGGCUGCCAUCUCUUUCCCUCACUGGGUGAAUUCAGGACCUCCAAAUAAAAUACAUACAAAUGAUUACAGAGUCCAAUCUGCAGAUCUACUUCCAUUAUCACGGUCAUGGAGGCACUUGAGUAUAAAAUCACUGGCUCAUCAAACUUCACUAUGGACUAGUACUUUGAGCUCUUACUUUUCCUUUUCAGGUGCCCUACUUCUCUGACUAGCAGUAUUAUCUUCCCAGACACCAAGCUAGAAGCUCCUGAGUCAUCUUUCAUUUCGUUCUUAGUUUCUUCCUUUGAAAUCCUUCACUCUGUACCUUAUAUUCUAGUUAACAUGAUGUACGUGUUAUUUCUCUAC